AUGAAUCCGGACCAGUCGAAGCAGCCCGCUAAGCCAAAAACGCCCCGCGCAACCACGUCCACCAAGAACAGGGCGAACUCGCCGGAGCCGUACCGCUCGCACUCGACAGAGAUCUCGAUCGAGGACUUCCUUCACGAGUUCUGGCAACACGCGAUGAACGUUGCCGAGCACCACGAGGACGACUUCAAGCACCAGGCUCUCCCACUCGCGCGGAUCAAGAAGGUCGCAAAGAUGGAUCCGGAGGUGCAGAACACGAUGAUCUCGAGCGAAGUGACGAUCCUCUUUGAAAAGGCGUGCCAAAUCUUCAUCCAAGAACUCACAGCCCGCGCACACCUCGUCUCGAUGUCGGCCAAGCGACGAACGAUCUCUCGGGCAGACGUCGCGCAGGCUGUCUCGCGGAGCGACAUGUUCGACUUUCUCAUCGACAUCGUCCCCCGCACCGAACGCCCAACAGCCUCGACCUCGCACACAUCCGCAACCCCCGCCCCAACAGCCAGCGGCAGCGGCACGCGUAGCCGGCCCAGUCGGACGCGGAGGAGAGCGUCGCAGAGGGAGUCGCCUGUUGAGGAGGACGAGGACGAGGAGCAGGAUGACGGGGAGGGUUUCGAGGGGGAGAAGAUGAAUGGCGGAGGGGGCAAGAGGCGGCGGAGGGAGGAGAGUGGGCGAGAAGCGGAGAACGGAGAGACUGGGUUGCAAGGCGGAGAGCGGGGAGGGAGUGCGACGGGUUUGGACAUGAACGCCGCGGCAGGAGCCGGUGUGGGCGGUUAUUACUUGCCCGGGAUGGGUGAUCCGGCAAACUCUUUCCCGCCAGGUUCGCUCGGUUGGCCAGCAGGGGCUUUCGACUAUCCCGGCGCACAAGGUCCUAUCGACCCCUCUCUCCCCGCCUUCUUCCCUCCCGGCCCCGUCGACCCCUCCACCGGCCUCCUCCAGCCCCCUCCACACCCUGACCACGUCCAGCAUGCACACCUCGACCCGCAAGUCCAGCACGAGCAUCACCAGCAUCCGCAGUAG